UGUUGAUUACGUUUUAUGCAACCGACAACUGUAUAAAAAAAGACCAAGAACCGGCCGCAAACUGGGCGAAUUGGCGUGCCAUGUGCCACUUGGAUCGACCAUGGCCGCCGACCAUCACAUCCAGCAGCAUCAAGCUCAUCACUCGUCGCAACAGCCAACAGCGUCAUCGACAGCGACAAUAACGCGCGAAAACAGCCUGGAACGUCUCUUCCCUCGAUGUCGCCUCAGAUCGCCGCCCGUCGACACGGCCGUCCUCAUCGAUCUGAGCGAUGACAGUGUCGUCCAGACGAGCGCCGCCCUUCCCUUGCAUUCCUUCGGCCGACCGACGACCGUGACUCAUCCGGACGGCGGUCAAUCUGGCAGCGACGCAUCGCCGGUCCGACGGGCGCCUUCGCUCAAACUGAACGUCGCAGCCGGCCAGCAACAGCGACGCUAUUGUCCGUCGGUCAAGUACAGGACGGAGAGCGCGGAGUUGCGGCGAUCGAAAUUCCUGCGCCGGCCGCGCACUUUGGAUCACAACACGUGGAGCCUUUACGGCGACGUCUACGCCGGAGGCUACGAGCCCAGCUCGGAUUCGGAAGACAACGACAGCGAUCAUUUCGGCUUCCCGUCCAGCAAAUCUGGCAACGUUGCACCGGCCCCUUCGUCGUCCGGCUCGUCGUCCAGCUUGAGGAAGUCGAAUCCCGCGGCGGCUGUGCGGACCAGCGCCUCUGAAUCGCACAUCGUCGGCCAUUGGAAGAAAGGAGGUCACAAUGGCCACCACGCCGAGGCGGCCGGCCAUCAGCGACAUCCGCGGCGUCGCGGCGUCAAGGAAAUUUACGACUUGACACCUACGCUCUCUGCUGGAUCGGCUUCCGGUGGUGGUGCGAGUGGCUCGAGCGCUCAGCUCGACCCCACGCGAAUGGAAAUCGCCGGCGGCCGAGAGAUUGUGUCGCUCUCGAGAAGCCGGACGCGAGGAUCGCAACGGAAACAGCAAAGGGUUCAAUCGAUGGUCGAUCCGGCGCCCAUCGAUAGCCCUCCUAACAACAACAACAACAAUAACAACAAUAACAGUACGCCGUCGAGUAGCAACCGGAGCAUCAAUCGCUACAGCGGCGAAGUUUACUACGAGGAGAGCAUGGGUCGCUACGGCUUUCACGUCGGCGGAGGCAAUACCCUUUGGGGUAGUCAGGGCCUGGAGCCCAGUUUCAGCAUUUCCAGCAAUUUGAAUGAGAAACAAUAUCCUUCUUCCGGCAACGCUGCAGCAGCCGCCGGAAUGACUGAUGGCGCUGCGGCGAAAUCGGACCAGCCAUGCACCCAACACCACGGCCUCAAACGGCCGCUCUCGUGGGCUGGUGAUGAUCCGGCGACGGAUCGUCAAAUUGCGGAGCAACAUCCGCAGCGGGAAGUUCAAGAGUUGGCCAGCGGGUCGAGUCAGGAUCGCCAAGGGCCAUCGUCUGAGACGAAGCCUUCGGUCACGCUCUCCAACGGCCCAUCGAGCGGCAUUGAAGAUGCGGUCGGCCCUCAAAUGCAGGCCGUUCACGGCUACUUGACUGAUUUCUACCCGGAAGUGGUGGCGGCCGAGCUGAACGGCACCGAUCCAUCAUCGUCGAGCCCGUUGAAUCUGGACAACUACCUGUCGGAACAGUUGAACCAGUUUGCCCAGCAGAAAUGCGUCAGGCGGGAGGCCAGCGAAGCGGAAGAGGCGGCGCAGCAGCAGCUGCUAUCGCAGUCGCCACCCGCGCAACAACAGCUGACUGUCGCCACCGUCAUUGGCGGAUUGACUAUCGCUCAGUAUGAAGGAUCACCUCGUCGCUAUGGCGUGCGAGCUCAUCCGGCCGUUGCGCCCGUCAAUGCCAACGGACAGGAUGAGUAUUCGGAUGACUGCGCCAAACCUGCAAACGGACCGAUCGUCGGCUUGCCUCCGGCCCGACCUUUGGUUCCAGGCUUUCCCAGGCGGAUCACAACCAGCCCUAAUCCGGCCCAUCCGCAGGCGACGUUUAGCCCGUCGGCUACCAGGCAGACGUUGGUGGAUUUAGCCGCAGGGCCGGCGGCCACGUCAACGCCCGUUGCCGCUACACCGGAAGGUUUGACAGCCAAUCAUUUGUCGUGGCACCUGGAAGACGGCCGCUCAUCCGGCGGGCAGGAUCAGCACGGAGACGCGAUUUCCCUCAACGCCGAAACGGACCUCGGCGAAACGGAGGUCGGAUUGCAGAUGGGCAAGAGUCGCAAUUUCACUCUGUCGCCGGAAACGACCGACUACGACGAUUCCGAGCUGGACGUUUACAACGGCGCCGAACUGUCCGCCACGGACAUGCCGGCCAUGAACGGAAAGCAAACGUCCGGAUCGUGUCACAUGGAGUCGUUCGACGGGGUGACUGCAGGGGCCGAACAUGCGGGCCGCAGGCGCAACAGCAGUAAAAGCCAGAACGGCCUCAAAGGUCAAUUUAGUAGCAUGCCCAUCUUGGAGGACGGCCUGUCGUCGGGUCGCAGCAGCGCCGAUGAAGACAUCAGCGUCGCUAGCAGUGCCAGCAUGACGAGCGCUAGCGACACGGAAGAGGACGCCGUAACGGACCGCAUCCCGCUCAUGUCGGACCGCCGCAUGAAACAGUUGCCUGGCCAGCAGCAACACGCGUUGCACGCGGCCAACAAUGGGUGCCGCAAUCUGGCGGGUGCCAGUGCGCACCAAUCAUCGAUCACGGCGCUUUCCGGUGCACGUUCGACCAAGAACUCUUCAUCGUCUUCGUCUUCAUCGACGACGGUGGCUCCGUCUGCUGCUCAUCCGCAACAGCAUCAAGCGAUGUGGUCCAAGAAGUUGUCGUCUGCUCUAUCGGAUUGCGACCAUCACAAUCAUCAAGAGGCCGCCAUACUCCAGGGUUCGUUUCGAGCACGGGAUGCCACGCCUCCUCCGCCGGCCCCGCUCGCCCAUCGGCCACCGGGUUCGACUACUCAACAACACGCUGUGCAGACGGCCGCCUCUACAUCGCCGACGCUGAACAACGUCAAGUCGUUCGCGGCCGCUGCGGCCGUUACCUCCGUUGGAGCGCAGAACCGCGCCAACAGUCACGCUAGCCCGCUCAGGCUCAGUCCCGGACCGGAUACGCCUUCCAUCACGUCCGGUGGCGCAGGUGGUAGCAGUAGUAGUAGCAGCAGCAGUUGCAGCAGUAGUGGUGGUGGUGGUAGCAGUUGUAGUAGCGGUGUCGGUUCAUCUGCCGGCAAAAUGCAGAACGUUGGCAACCAACAGCCGAAAAUGGUUGGCCCUUCGGGCGAUAUGAGUUUGCACGAACUCGGCGACGCGCUCGAUCACGGCCGGAUGAGGAAAGCCAAUUCGGUGCCGCCCCCGGCUGCUGUUGCGGCCAUACAGUCACCCCUGUCUCGUUCGCCGCCCGUCUGGGUGCCCAGACAAAGCAGCGAUUAUUGGGCCAAAAAUUCGCCAUCAUCGACGUCGCCCAGAUCUAGAUGCAAACUGGGCGGACCUGGAACUGGCAUGCAUCCGGACGGCGGCAAACUCAACGUAGAAGAUGACGACGAACGGGAAACGGACCAGCUGUUACGUGAUCCCGACGACCAGGGUUUCUUUGACGAACACGCGCGCCCACCCGUUGCUUCUGAUGUCGGUCGAGCCCAUCCGGCGACGCGGAUCGGGCCGACGUUGCCGACGUCUUCGUCGCCGCCCACCCCAUCGUCGUUGCGAUCGGCUUCGACGGCGUCGUCUUCGACACGGUCGUCGCCGCAGCAACAGCAGCAGGUGCCGCCGAAUCAUCCGCCGACGAUGUCGGUGGCUGCCGCCGCUACGGCAGCGCUGGCCAACGGGACGGCGUUGAGUCCAUCGUCUUCCAGCGGAGGCCCACCGCCGCCUUCUCGCCAAUCCGAACCCAAGGAUCUCAAGUAUCGAGAAACGACGCCGUCAGCCAAGAAGAAGGAUGACAACUCGAGCCAGAGCAAGAAGAAGGGAAGGAGCAAAGAAGUCAUGGUUCACGAACCUGCAGUCCUCAUCGAAGGAGUCCUGUUCCGUGCCAACUACUUGGGCUCGACGCAGAUCGUCUGCGAGGGGCAACCGACCAAAUAUACUCGCAUGAUGCAAGCGGAAGAAGCCGUUUCGCGUAUCAAGGAUCAAGAUAUUGGACAAGAAGGUGGCGAAACAGCCAGCGAUUCGUCACCGGCGUCCAUUUCUCUGGACGAAGAAGAACUCGAGACGGACGCUGUCGCUGCUGACGAAUCGAUGGCGCUCUAUCUCGACGAUACGCAACCGGAAUCGAGCGCCGACGUAUCCAUCAGCAGUACGAGGAUACACGUCAAUCCUGGCAGCGAGACGGCCGUUACGUCUCGCUCGUCUUGCGAUUUGAACGCCAACGUUUCCUCGUCUUCUGCCCAGGGAUCGGCCGUCAUGACGCCUCCAUUGCACAGCCCUCGGGCGGAAGAGCGUUUUUACGAAGAAGAUCACGACGAGGAGCAGCUGGACGAGGAGGAGGACGAUGCACCUUGCAUUUCGUCUAAAGUGAUACACGGAUGUAGCUUCCGAUUACUCUACCACGGAUCCUCCGAAAUUGACGAACUCCAACCGGAUAGUUCAGUCGCGCCCGGCUGCUGGAAGUACCGCACUAAGAAAAGCAUGGUCGAAGAAGCCGUGCUCAAACUGAAGGCACCGGAAGGAGAAACGCAACCGACGACCGAAGUGGACCUCUUCAUUUCGACGGAGAAAAUCAUGGUCCUCAAUACGGAAUUGAAAGAAAUUAUGAUGGAUCACGCCUUGCGGACCAUUUCCUACAUUGCUGAUAUUGGGGACCUGGUGGUGUUGAUGGCCAGAAGGCGAAUGAUCACUCAGGACGGUGAAGAUUCUAGCAACAAGAUUGCAAAAACGCCGAAAAUGGUCUGCCAUGUCUUCGAGAGUGAGGAGGCCCAGUUUAUUGCCCAGUCUAUCGGCCAGGCCUUUCAAGUUGCCUAUAUGGAAUUCCUCAAAGCCAAUGGCAUCGAAGAUCAGAGUUUCGUACGUGAAAUGGAUUACCAGGAAGUCUUGAACUCUCAGGAGAUAUUCGGAGACGAACUGCAAAUGUUUGCCAAGAAAGAACUGCAGAAGGAGGUUAUCGUACCGAAAGCUCGUAACGAGAUCCUGGGAGUUGUGAUCGUCGAGUCGGGAUGGGGGUCGAUGCUCCCGACUGUUGUCAUAGCCAAUCUGGCGCCGGCUGGAGCGGCUGCCCGAUGCGGCCAGCUCAAUAUCGGCGACCAGAUCAUUGCCAUUAACGGCAUCAGCCUUGUGGGGCUGCCUCUCUCCACCUGCCAGACUUAUAUCAAAAACGCCAAGUCCGCAACGGUGGUGAAAUUGACGGUGGUUCCUUGUCCCCCCGUGGUCGAAGUAAAAAUCAAACGACCAGACACCAAGUACCAAUUAGGUUUCAGCGUCCAGAAUGGAGUGAUUUGCAGCCUUCUCCGAGGAGGGAUCGCCGAGCGUGGUGGAGUACGCGUCGGCCACCGGAUCAUUGAAAUUAACGGGCAAAGUGUCGUUGCCGUACCUCACGAACGCAUUGUUGGUCUUUUGGCCACUUCCGUUGGAGAGAUCAACAUGAAGACGAUGCCCACCUCCAUGUUUCGCCUUUUGAUUGGCCAGGAAACUCCUGUCUACAUCUGAUAGUCACAGAAACUUUGUUUGUAAUGCUUAUGUUUUGUUUUGACUCGCCAGGAGCUAUUCGCGGUCGUUCGCAUCUCCUGAGUCUUCGUCAACAUCUUUUGAUACUUUGGCAAUCGUGGAAACGAAACAGAAAUGGAAAACAAAAAAAAGCAAAAACUUCAUUUGUGUAUCUGAGUACCAGUGUUCUGCGGAAUGACCGUGGUAAACACUUUGUUCAAAAGUAUUACGGUAUACCCAGAAACAGUUUGUUGACGUUGAUCUAAACAAAGAAAGACAACGGUCAUUUGGUUUCAAUACCGACAAGCAGAGAAAAAAAUUGUUUAAUCCACGUCUAAUUAUUAUUAUUUUUUUUUUGAAACACCCCCAACUUAACUUUAGGUUUCGAUCUAGUCUCCAGUGGUUUCCCGAUUGCUGUAUGCUCGUUUUUUUUUUUUUUUACAUUCUUUUCUUAUUUGUUAUAAUUAAAUUUCCUCUCCAAGUCAUUUGAAACGGGAAGGAAGAGUGAAGAAGCAAAGCUGGUAUUCUUUUUUAUUUUUCACAAACCAUAUCUCAUAUCAACCGCGCUUUGCUAUCGAGAUGUCAGCUUUCUGUAUUAUGUGUGUUUGUUGGCUUCCUAGUGUACAGUGUCGCCGACAAAUACAAACGUAAUGGCCAUUGAA